CCCUCUCCUUCCUUCCUCUUCCCCCCUCUCCCAUCCGCCCUAUUUCUUCUUUAUCUUUCUGUCACUCUGCAGCCUCCCUCCCACCCCCCUCCUCCCUCCUCUUCUUCGCCCCGCCCACCCGCCGGUGCUGCGCGCUGCAGGCUGAGGAGACCGAGAAGAUUUUCGCGUUCUGGAUGAGAGAGCUGCUGCGAGGGACAAUCUCGUGAGGCAAGUACAGUUUUGAAGCAAAGAAAUUGCAGCGGGAAGAGAACUAGAGGCGAUCAAAUGGCAGCUGAGUCCUCGGUUCCACAAACUUCCUCUGAAUCGGUUGCUCAGAAGAUGGGAUUCUUCAGAGUCCCUGACCUUCUAGUCAAACUGAGCACCAAAUGUCUGAUUGAAUUGGAUGCGGUUCGCAGUCCCACAUCGCCCCUAGACCUUCUGUUCACAGGCCUUGGCACUAAAUCACCCAGGUCAUCUUUCCUUGAUGCCAGCCAGAACCAAAAGAUCUUGCUUGGGGACAGGGUUGGGCUUGGACUGGUGGAUUCUCUCAGUGAUGAGAACCCCACACCUUUGGGCAGCAGGAAGGUUCUUCUUGGAUCUGAGAUGAGGAUAACUGACAACUUAACUCGCAAGAACAGCUCCAGUGCUCUUAUUCAAGCUGGAGGGGUUGAACAAAAGGAUGAGAACAUGAGUGAUGGACUGAACGGUAGUAUCAUGUCCCUUGAUGACAUUGUCAAUUCAGAGGAUUACACCUGUGUUGUUUCACAUGGUCCUAACCCUAGAACUACACACAUUUUCGGAGAUCAUGUUUUUGAGUUUCAAGGCGAGCAGCUGAUGCCUGAUGAGAGUGGGUGUGAGGAGAGUUUGGCCCCUCAUCUGAAUGGGGGUAUGAUGAGCUUCUGUUGUUUUUGCUGUGAGAAGCUCAAAGAAGAUAAAGACAUCUACAUGUACCAGGGUGACAAAACCUUCUGCAGCAUGGAGUGCAGGGAGAAUUUCAUGCAAGAUGAGAUGGAAGAAGGCGAGCCUGUGAUUGAUGAUCCUAGCGGCCCAUCCAUUGAUGACGGUCGUAUCUUCCAACUGAUCCAGUGAACCAGCAUCAGUAAACAACUUGAUAUGGUCGUAUCUGAAGCGCUGUCUGAAGUUAAUAAGUAGCAGCCAUGGAUGUGAUCAUGUGAAUCAAGUUUUUGCCUGAAGAUUUUGUCCGCUGAGGCGCUGAUGAAUUUACCCCCCGCUUAUUGAUUCCUUUAUUUUCCUUACCUGGAUCCUCAAAUUUUUGGAGGAGCCUGAAAGAUGACUGUAUUUCCGGUCAUACUAUUAUUUUGAUCGGAAAGGGUGUGUGCGUGUGUUCGGAAAUGUGUUUCUUUGGACCUCAUUUUCAACUGGAUGUCAUGUGUUGACACCCUUGAGUGCUAUAUCAUGUACCUGAACUUAUGCUUCUACAUGUAUUUUCACAAAGCAUGUGCUGCACAAUAAUAUUCUAAUAUUCUAAGUAUACUA